GCUCGAUCCAGACACGUUUUACUACGAACUCUAGACUUUUCUCAAACACGCCGGUAAAAUCAAGCAUUUUUCAGUGGAUUUUGUUCGUUGAUCAUAAUGUAGACAACCAAAAUGGCUUCUGUAAGUCCCUUAGAAGAGUUGGAUCAUGAAGAAGGAGUUUGUGAUGAAGAUGAAGGGGAGAUAAUCGACUGGCAACUGCCUCUGUGUUUUAUGAAAAAACGACACAAGGAAUCCAUCUCUGGAACGAAGGAUUUAGCUCACACAUGGCGGAUGAAAGAGCGGAUGAAGACAGUGAGUGUUGCUUUGGUGCUGUCUUUGAACGUUGGUGUCGAUCCACCCGAUGUCAUCAAAACAAAUCCAUGUGCAAGGAUGGAGUGCUGGAUAGAUCCAUUGUCUCUUAAUCCAAGUAAAGCACUUGAGACUAUCGGAAACAAACUGCAAGAGCAAUAUGAACGAUGGCAGCCACGGGCAAGGUAUAAACAAAGUUUGGACCCAACAGUAGAAGAUGUGAAGAAACUUUGCUCCUCGCUACGUAGAAAUGCUAAGGAGGAGAGAGUUCUAUUUCAUUACAAUGGACAUGGAGUCCCCAGACCGACAAAUAACGGAGAAAUAUGGGUUUUUAAUAAGACUUACACCCAGUAUAUACCACUGUCCAUCUAUGACCUCCAGACAUGGAUGGGUAGUCCAUCUAUCUUUGUUUAUGACUGCAAUAAUGCUGGACUAAUUUUACAAUGUUUUAAUAAAUUUUCCACAACAAGAGAAGACGAACAUGAGCGAUCCUUAGCUCAAGGAACUCACAUACCAAAACCAAAUUCAACUAAAAACUGUAUCCAGUUAGCUGCAUGUGGUGCAAGUCAACUGCUUCCAAUGAACCCUGAACUACCUGCUGAUUUGUUCACAGCUUGUCUUACGACACCCAUAAAGGUCGCUUUAAGAUGGUUUUGCAGUCAAAAUAGUAGCAAAUUAGUCCCAGGAGUUACAUUAGAGUUGAUUGAAAAAAUUCCUGGCCGUUUAAAUGACAGACGGACACCUCUUGGUGAACUGAAUUGGAUAUUUACUGCUGUGACAGACACUAUAGCUUGGAACAUGUUACCGAGAGAUUUAUUUCAUAGGCUUUUCCGACAAGAUUUACUUGUAGCAAGUUUGUUCAGAAACUUUCUUCUGGCUGAGCGUGUGAUGAGGUCAUAUAACUGUACUCCAGUCUCCAGCCCACAACUGCCACCAACAUACAUGCACCAUAUGUGGCAAGCUUGGGAUUUGGCAGUGGAUCUUUGUUUGUCUCAACUACCAGAAGUCAUUGAAAAUCCUGCUAACUUUACGCAUAGUCAAUUCUUUUCUCAACAACUUCUGGCCUUCCAAGUCUGGCUUGCAAUGGGUUCAGAGAGUAGAGACCCCCCUGAACAGCUACCCAUAGUGCUUCAAGUGCUUCUGAGUCAGGUUCAUCGGCUUAGAGCAUUAGAUUUGUUAGGACGCUUUUUAGAUCUGGGUCCUUGGGCUGUCAACUUGGCACUGUCUGUUGGCAUUUUUCCAUAUGUUUUAAAACUUUUACAAAGUUCAGCCAGGGAGCUGCGUCCUCUUCUUGUUUUUAUCUGGGCAAAAAUCUUAGCAGUUGACAGUUCUUGUCAGUCAGAUCUUGUCAAGGACAGUGGCCAUAAGUAUUUUCUGUCUGUAUUAGCAGACCCGUACAUGCCGGCUGAACACAGAACAAUGGCAGCAUUUGUUCUCUCGACAAUCAUAGAUAACUAUCGCAGUGGUCAGGAAGCAUGUCUUCAAGGAAAUUUAAUUGCCAUCUGCCUCGAACAACUGACUGACCCCCACCCCCUGCUUCGGCAAUGGCUUGCUGUGUGUUUGGCUAAAGUGUGGGAAAAUUAUGACUCAGCCCGUUGGUGUGGCGUUCGAGACAGUGCACCAGAAAAACUCUACUGUUUGCUGUCUGAUCCUUUACCAGAGGUUCGAGCAGCUGCUGUCUAUGCACUUGGUACAUUCAUUGGAAACACGGGUGACAGAUCUGACCACGCCAACCAGAUAGACUUUGGCGUUGCCAUGACAUUAACACAGCUAGCCCAAGAUGGCAGUCCGCUGGUUCGAAAGGAACUGGUUGUAGCGUUGCAUGGAAUUGUAAUACAAUACGAGACCAAUUUUGGUGUUAUAGCUUUACAAUUCCUAGAAGAAGAUAUGCAGAAGGAGAACGCUCCUCCAGCAGCUGCCAUUACAUCUACUGGGUGGAUAGUGGUGGGUUCUGGGUCAAGCCCCUCCUCUGGAGGUAGUGUACCACCCUUUCAAGACAUUCAUCACUUGCAGCAGAGUAGCCCUUCUUCCCGCAAGUCGUCUGCCACUGGGAUUAGAACCAGCUUCUCUUCAACUCAAUUAAGUGCAUGGAAAGAAGCUUCAGCUAACUUCAGCAGCAGUAGUGGAAGCUCCAACAACAGCCAAGAUAUCAGUGCAGUAAAAGAUAUGCGCCAAACUCCGUCCACGUCAUCAUUAUCUUCAACGUUUCAGUCCAACGUGUAUGCAAAUGUUUGGAAGGCAUUAUUAAAUCUCUCGGUUGAUCCUGAAGAUGAUCUUAAUCAAUUGGCUAAAAGAAUUGUCAAUAGUAUCACACUAAAGGCUACCAUAAACACCAGACCACAGCAAGUAACAGGAUCCACAACAACAGGAUCAUCAUCAGUCCCCUCAUCACCAAGUAAAUUCAGUAACUCUUACCUACACCACCCCCUUGAUCAAAGCUCACCACCAUCACAGUACAGGAGCCAAAGUUCAUUAGCCAAUACUCCGGUGGCCAGACCAGGAGAUCCAAUCAAAUCUAACCUGGUCAACUCCGCUUUAUACCCUCACUCGUAUCAGUUCCAUGUCAAGAGAAGAACAUUCGACAAAGGACCAGAGGUUGUUCGGCAAGAGACAGAUGAAGACUCAGAUGACGAGACUACAUCAACCAAACCAAACCCCAUCAAGACGGAAUUCGCAGAAUGGUGUGCUAGCUACUUUGCGCAGUCUGUUAUGAAGCCUCCAGAGGAGCAUGAUCCCCAAAGUCAGCUUCACUUGGAAAGAGAAUGGAGAUUUGAAAGAAACUCACGAGUGAGAAGAGAAGCUGUUAAACAACAAACCAGAGCUGCCUCAGGCAAAAUAGAUGACCAGAUUUUCAUCAAUAAAAACCAAUACGCUCCUGGUGUCUUACGCUUUCAUCCAUAUGAACCUCACCUGGUGGUUGCUGACAGGGGUGGAGUAAGUGUAUGGAAUUGGGAGAAAGGAAUGCUAUUAAACUACUUUGUAAACAAUAACCGCAAGCAGUCAAGAAUAACCAGCAUGGAGUUCCUCAAUGCACAUGAUCUGACGCUUCUACUGACAGGAACAGACGAUGGUUCAGUGCGUGUAUACAGACACCAUGGCAGAGAAAACGGACAGAAGAAAGUAGAAAUGGUGACUGCAUGGCAAGCACUCUCUGGAAUGUUACCAUCCACUAGAGGGAGUGGUUCAGGUCUGGUAGUGAACUGGGAACAAGAGACAGGUAUUUUGCUGGCAUCAGGUGAUGUUAGGUUUAUCAGGGUCUGGGAUACACAGAGAGAAAUGAAAAUGCAGGAUAUACCGACAGGAGCCGAUAGCUGUGUUACAAGUCUGGCCUGUGAUUCAGUAGGAAGAUCAUUAUUGAUAGCUGGGUGUGGCGAUGGAUCCGUCAGAUUAUACGAUAGAAGACUGCCGCCAUCAGAUAGUCGUGUGAUGGCCCUGAGGGAGCACAGUGGAUGGGUUACUAGUGUGUUCCUACAGAAAGGCGGUGAUGGAAAUAUCAUUAGUGGCAGUGUUGCUGGUGAUGUACGGUUCUGGGAUCCCCGCUUCUCAGAAUCAGUUAAACGUUUCGAGACUUUGUCGAAUAUGACAUCCUUUGAAGUUCACCACCAGGCCAAGGUCAUAGCAAGUGGAUCAGCCAAUCAGAUGAUAAGAAUCUAUGAUUUGGAAGGGAGUUCACGUAGUACUAUCAGAUAUCAUGACGGCUUUAUGGGUCAAAGGAUUGGUCCUGUCAGUUGCAUGGCCUUUCAUCCUCAUAGGGUUCACCUUGCUGCAGGAAGCACGGACUCUUUUAUUUCCAUUUACUCGACUGAGAAGAAAAGAUGAUACCUACGCAGUAUGAAUAGACCCCUUGCUGUCCAUGGGAAUGCAGCUCAAUUUGGAGGGCAACACAAUAGUUUUCCAAUUCUUAGGAGAUUAAAAUUAUUUUCUUUUGACCUCCAAAUUGAGCUGCUUUGACAUCACAUGCAUCACAUAAUUUGACGUCUAUAUGCACCACUGAGCUAUGGGGGUUGGUGCAGGGGAUGGGUGGG